AUGAGGAACACAUUCUGCUGUGAGCUUCUCCUUUGGACAAGUGUAAUCUUGCUAAGCGGUCUUGGCUGCUUGUGUGACCAGGAUGGCAAAGUGAACACAGAAGGCAUUGAACAGUCGAAGACCCCUCACCUGAUCUUCAUCAUGGUGGACGACCAGGGCUACGGAGACAUCGGCUAUCACGGCUCAGACAUCCACACUCCUGCUCUGGACCAGCUCGCAGCAGACGGCGUCAAGCUGGAAAAUUAUUACGUCCAGCCUAUCUGCUCUCCUUCUCGCAGUCAGCUCAUGACAGGAUGUUACCAAAUUCACACUGGACUGCAGCAUUCUAUCAUCCGACCGCGUCAGCCGCUCUGUUUGCCCCCAGACAUUCCCACUCUGCCCGAGCGCCUGGCUGAGGCUGGAUACGCCACGCACAUGGUUGGGAAAUGGCACCUGGGAUUCUCCAGGCCAAACUGCCUGCCCACACGGCGCGGAUUUCAGAGCUUCCUGGGAACCCUGACAGGCAGUGGAGACCACUUCUCCUACCAGAGCUGCGAUGGGGCUGAAGCCUGUGGAUUUGACUUGCAUGAUGGGAACAGACCCGCCUGGGAGAUGAGAGGGAACUACUCUACGCUGCUCUACAUCGAAAGAGUCAAGAAGAUUUUGCAGAGCCACAAUUCCCAAAGGCCACUCUUCCUCUACCUGUCCCUGCAGGCCGCACACACUCCUCUGCAGGCACCGGACCUUUUUCUGCACCACUAUGACGCACAGAGCAAUCGUCAAAGGCGUCACUACGCAGCCAUGCUUAGCUGCUUGGACGAGGGGAUUGCAGAGCUUGUCAAAGAGCUGAAGACUUGCGGUCUCUAUCAAAACUCCGUCUUGAUCUACUCAUCCGAUAACGGAGGACAACCGCUCUCAGGCGGGAGCAACUGGCCACUGAGAGGAGGGAAGGGGACCUAUUGGGAAGGAGGCAUCCGGGCGGUGGGGUUUGUCCAUAGCCCCCUUUUGAAGAGGAAGGGGAUCGUAAGCAGAGCCCUAAUCCAUGUUUCUGACUGGUAUCCCACAUUACUGGGGCUUGCAGGGACCGUGCAAUCCCACCACAACCUGGAUGGCCAUAAUGUCUGGGCCAGCAUCAGCGAGGGUUUGCCUUGCCCCCGCAUGGAAAUCCUUUUAAACAUCGACCCUAUGUCCAGGAAACCUGGGGAGCCUUACGACAAGGCGCUGGAACUCAAUGGCUUCGGGAUCUGGGACACAGCAGUGAGAGCCGCGAUAAGGGUGGGCGACUGGAAGCUACUGACAGGAAAUGUGGGUGAUGGAGACUGGAUACCACCACAGGCUCUUCCAGGUGGCUCGGAACGGUGGCAGAAACUUGAGAAAUGGCGCAAUCGGCUGGGGAAGUCAGUGUGGCUGUUCAACGUCAGCGCAGACCCGUACGAGAGGUUCGACCUCGCCGAGGUUCGUCCAGAGGUGGUGAAACAUCUGCUGGCUCGACUGGCGGAGUACAACCACACUGCUGUGAUGGCAAAGAACCCACCCGAUGAUCCUAUGGCUGACCCAGAACUACAUGGGGGAGUAUGGAGCCCAUGGCUAGGCCUGGAGGGGUGGGGAAGAAACGAGAAGGAUAAAGAUGGAAAAAAGGGGAAGAUUCCAAAGUUUAGGCAUUGCAAAUUAUGCAAAUUAAAAGCCCUAUUUAAAAAAGUGGAGUCACGUCUGCAAAGAAAAACCCUUUUCUAGUUGACAAAUGUACACACC